AUGUCACGGGCACGACUCAGACUCAAGUCAAGGACUCGUGACUCGGACUCAGACUCAAAUGACAGUGACUCGGACUCGGACCCUGGUGACUCAGACCCUGGUGACUCAGACUCUGAUGACUCGGACCCUGGUGACUCAGACCCUGGUGACUCAGACCCUGAUGACUCGGACCCUGGUGACUCAGACCCUGGUGACUCGGACCCUGAUGACUCGGACCUUGAUGACGCAGACUCUGAUGACUCGGACUCGGACCCUGGUGACUCAGACCCUGGUGACUUGGACCCUGAUGACUCGGACCUUGAUGACUCAGACUCUGAUGACUCGGACUCGGACUCGGACCCUGGUGACUCAGACCCUGGUGACUCGGACCCUGCUGACUCGGACUCUGAUGACUCGGACUCUGAUGACUUGGACCCUGAUGACUCGGACCCUGGUGACUCGGACUCGGACUCGGACCCUGGUGACUCAGUCCCUGGUGACUCUGACCCUGAUGACUCGGACCUUGAUGACUCAGACUCUGAUGACUCGGACUCGGACUCGGACCCUGGUGACUCAGACCCUGGUGACUUGGACCCUGAUGACUCGGACCCUGGUGACUCGGACCCUGGUGACUCGGACUCUGAUGACUCGGACUCUGAUGACUUGGACCCUGAUGACUCGGACCCUGGUGACUCGGACUCUGAUGACUUGGACCCUGGUGACUCGGACCCUGAUGACUUGGACUCGGACUCGGACCCUGGUGACUCGGCCCCUGGUGACUCGGACCCUGGUGACUCGGACUCGGACCCUGGUGACUCGGACCCUGGUGACUCGGACCCUGGUGACUCGGACCCUGGUGACUCGGACUCUGAGUCGGACCCUGGUGACUCAGACCCUGCUGACUCGGACCCUGCUGACUCAGACCCUGCUGACUCAGACCCUGGUGACUCGGACCCUGGUGACUCAGACUCUGAUGACUCGGAUCCUGAUAACUCGGACUCGGACACAGACCCUAGUGACUCGGACCCUGCAGACUCGGACCCUGCUGACUCGGACCCUGGUGACUCGGACCCUGAUGACUCGGACCCUGAUGACUCAGACCCUGCUGACUCGGACCCUGCUGACUCGAACCCUGCUGACUCAGACCCUGGCGACUCAGACCCUGAUGACUUGGACCCUGAUGACUCGGACCCUGGUGACUCGGACCCUGGUGACUUGGACCCUGGUGACUCAGACCCUGAUGACUCAGACUCUGAUGACUCGGACUCGGACUCGGACCCUGGUGACUCAGACCCUGGUGACUCGGACCCUGCUGACUCGGACUCUGAUGACUCGGACUCUGAUGACUUGGACCCUGAUGACUCGGACCCUGGUGACUCGGACUCGGACUCGGACCCUGCUGACUCAGUCCCUGGUGACUCUGACCCUGAUGACUCGGACCCUGAUGACUCAGACUCUGAUGACUCGGACUCGGACUCGGACCCUGGUGACUCAGACCCUGGUGACUUGGACCCUGAUGACUCGGACCCUGGUGACUCGGACCCUGGUGACUCGGACUCUGAUGACUCAGACUCUGAUGACUUGGACCCUGGUGACUCGGACUCUGAUGACUCAGACCCUGGCGACUCAGACCCUGGUGACUCAGACCCUGGUGACUCGGACUCGGACCCUGCUGACUCGGACCCUGCUGACUCGGACCCUGAUGACUCGGACCCUGGUGACUCGGACCCUGGUGACUCUGACCCUGGUGACUCAGACUCUGAUGACUCGGACCCUGGUGACUCUGACUCUGGUGACUCAGACUCUGAUGACUCGGACCCUGGUGACUCGGACCCUGGUGACUCGGACCCUGAUGACUCGGACUCGGACUCGGACCCUGGUGACUCGGACCCUGAUGACUCGGACCCUGCUGACUCGGACCCUGAUGACUCGGACCCUGGUGACUCGGACCCUGAUGACUCGGACUCAGACUCGGACCCUGGUGACUCGGACCCUGAUGACUCGGACCCUGGUGACUAGGACCCUGGUGACUCGGACCCUGGUGACUCGGACCCUGAUGACUCGGACUCGGACCCUGGUGACUCGGACCCUGA